UUGGCUGCCAUAGAAACGGGAAAGCCGAUCUACGGAUUAACUGUAACCUAAACACACAUAGCUAGGAAGAUACCUCUGCAGCCAAAAACACAGCUUGCAAUUUCAGAUCUCAUUACAACAUUAUUCAAGCAAUAUCGUGCCAAUUAUGUCUUCAGUCCCGGAGAUGAAGGGAAAUACAGACAUUAACGGAAAAUGGUUAGAUGCCCACUACGAUCCAGUAGCCAAUCUCUAUACUUUUUCAUCCUGUAUUGUUCUGGCAGACCUGCAUGGUGAUGGAGAGAAUAAAUUAGUGGUGGGGGACCUGGGGACCGGUUCAAGCAACAUGAAGCUAAAGGUUUACCGCGGAACAGGCCUGAUGAGUGAGAACACACUGCUUGACCUGCCCACUGGCUUAGUGUCUUUCCUCAUGGACCAGCACGAGCCGCGCACCCCUGCAAUUGCUGUAGCAUCCGGACCUUACAUCUAUGUCUAUAAAAACCUGCGACCCUACUUCAAGUUUACUCUUCCCCCAUUAGAGGUCAAUGCUCUGGAACAAGACGUUUGGAACCAGGCCAGGGAGGACAUGAUUGACCCAUUGAGCUUGAAGGAGAUGUUGGACAGCAUUAGAGACAAGGCUGAUGUUCCCCUCUCUGUCAGAUCUUUGAGGUUCCUCAUGUUGGACCCUCAAGACAUGGAGGCUUUUGUGAACCUUUAUAAGGAGCAGCCAAUACGAAGACAGACCGUUAUUACGUGCAUCAGCACCCUGAAGAAGAACAUGGCUGAUGAGGACGCAGUCAGCUGUCUGGUUAUUGGUACUGAGAGUAAAGAUGUCUACAUCCUGGACCCCGAGGCCUUCACGGUCCUCACCAAGAUGUCCCUGCCCAGCGCUCCCACUCAGAUGGACGUGACUGGUCAGUUUGACGUGGAGUUUCGGAUUACCGUGGCCUGUCGCAACGGGAACAUCUACGUCCUCCGCAGGGAGUCCCCGAAGCCCAAGUACUGCAUCGAGCUUUCUUCUCACCCCGUGGGUUUGGUGAGGAUAGGGAAGAAUGUGGUGGUGGGCUGCGCCCAGGAGACCCUGCAGGGCUUCACACAGAAGGGGAAGAAGCUGUGGACCGUCUGUCUGCCUGCCCCUGUCACCACCAUGAGUGUUAUGGAUCUUCCCACCCGGGGCUUCCAAGCAGUGCUAGUGGGCCUGGCUAACUCUGAAGUCCACUUGUACAGGGAUAAAAACCUCAUCAGCACCAUCAAGACUCCGGACAUAGUGACCAGCAUUUGCUUUGGGAGAUAUGGACGAGAAGAUGGGACUCUUAUUAUGACCACUAAAGGAGGGGGUCUGAUCGUGAAAAUCCUUAAGAGGACUGCCGUAUUCGAUGACAGAGAUUCCGCCCCUGGCCCCCCUCUGGCACAAAGCAUCCGUCUCAACGUCCCCAAGAAGACCAAGCUGUAUGUGGACCAGACCAUGAGAGAGAGGGAGAACUCUGUGGCGAUGCACAGGGCCUUCCAGAUGGACCUGAGUCGUCUCCGGCUGGCCGCAGCGAGGGCUUACGUUAAAGCCCUGGAGUCCAGUCUCACUCCCAUGUCCUCCAGCCUGUCCGAGCCUCUCAGGAUGAACGCUGUGGUGCAGGGCCUGGGCCCGUCCUUCAAGCUAACCCUGAACAUCCAGAACACAGCUGUGUGCCGUCCCGUCAUGAACUUGGCCAUCAGCUUUCUCUACGAUGAGAGCCUGUACAGCAUGAAGACGGCCUUCUUUAAGAUCCCCUUACUGGUUCCCGGGCUCAACUACCCUAUUGACACGUUCGUGGAGUGCCUGAGUGAUAAGGGAAUCUCGGACAUUAUCAAAGUGUUUGUUCUACGAGAGGGCAAAAGUGCACCUCUGCUGACUGCCCAUAUCAACAUGCCCGUCAGCGAGGGACUGGCACUCAACUGAGGAACGUGGAGUGACACCUACAGGCCCUGGGCUGGCCUCUAUGUGCACUCGCCCUGUGUUUCUAGCGCCACCUAAUGACAGGGCUGGAUCAAUGGGACUGGGUAGGAUCUGCUUGUGUUGGCCACAGACGUAAAAAGCCAUGUGUAGAAUCACUACGGUAGGGAAAGACGUAGGGCUGUUUUACCCUAAGGGGAAAUCCAGAGUGUUUAGGAUUAAACAUCUCAGGAUUUUCAAUCCGCAAGUCAGUGAAAUGUUAGGUGGAUAGACAUGUCAGUACAGUACAAAAUGUUAGUGGAUAGACAUGUCAGUACAGUACAAAAUGUUAGUGGAUAGACAUGUCAGUACAGUACAAAAUGUUAGUGGAUAGACAUGUCAGUACAGUACAAAAUGGGUCGUUUCCAAUACAAGUCUAUGAAGUCGUUAUAUUUAUGUAAAUCAUAGCUAUUUAUGUCUCAAAGUUGGUUGAAAGGAAAACCUUGAUUCCCAUGCUGCUCGUUUGUUAACGUUUGACAUUGGGACAGAGAGUAAUGACUACAUGUUCAAAUGUUUUUAUUAAUUGCACUUUAUUAAAAAAAAGUAAUCAAAAUCCAUACAUUCCUGAGAAUGAGAAGCGCUGAGAUAUAUAGAGAAUUUGGGUUUUUCAAAAACAUUACUUAUGUAAUAAAACUUUAAUUGUCUUAA